AUGAAUGCUCCUUUCAACUCCUUCGCCCCCUGUUUCCUCCCCAAAUUCCAGAGGCUGGGUGCAGGGACGCCCGUUGAAACCGAUUCUCACCACGGCAACGAGCUUACCCGAACGAGUUACCUUGCUCCGAUCUCUCGGGACUAUCCAUUCUCACGUUCUUUUGCAUCGCUCCACGGCCUCUGCGAAUACACUAUCGAAGCGGGAUGUGACGAUGGAUACCUACCCAGCUAUGAAGCAGGCCAGUCGUCGCAGGCACACGGCACGGGAAUGCAGACGCGGAAGCGGCAACGGGAUGCGCGUAAGACGUCCAGCCCAGAUUGA